UCCAAACAAAAACUAAGACCUAGAUCCAGCGCCUUUCUUUCUUCUCUAUCGUCUCAGUGCCACCGCCGUCGCCGGUUUGCCCAACUCCCAUGUCUCCCAGUCUCUCUCAUCUCCUCGUCUCUUGAUGCACCGCCGCCCUCGCCAACUCGCCCAACCUUCCCCGUCGCCGGCUUGCCCAACCCCCCUCAUCUCUUGAGGCGUCCGCAGCAGUAGCCUCUCUCUAACAGAAAUCAUGGGAAAGAAGGAAAAAUCUUCGAAAAGGAAAAAUCGAGAGACGGGAGUAGCCAGUGAGGUCUUGUUUCAGAAGAGUAUUGGAGAUAAAUAUAGAUUUGAUGUUGUGGAUGACUUGAGUGAACCAACCAUGGGUGAAAAACUUGCAAGCCUCAACUUGGAAGGAAAUGACAAUGCCCCAAACCCUGAAAAUACAGACUCUUCUCUUCCAGCAAAGCCACCUAGUGCAGACUCGGUUAAUAUCUUAGUUAAGCAAGCACUGCAUGCUGAUGACCGAGCCCUUCUCAUAGAUUGCUUAUACAGACAAGAUGAGAAGGUAAUUGCAAACUCACUAUCACUGUUGAAUCCUUCUGAUGUUCUGAAGUUCUUAAAGUCGCUUGUGCCGAUAAUCCAGUUAAGGGGCGCUGUUUUGGCCUGUGCUCUUCCAUGGCUCAAAAGUUUACUUCUUCAGCAUUCUAGCAGUAUAAUGUCCCAAGAAUCUUCCUUGGCUGUUCUAAACUCGUUGUUUCAGAUAAUAGAAUCAAGAGUCUCAACCUUCAACCCUGCUCUUCAACUGUCAAGUUGCUUGGACUUGCUUUAUGCAGAUUCUGUUGAUGACGGAGUGGAGGAGAAUGAUAUAAUUGCACCUGUUAUAUAUGAAGAUGAAGAUGAAAGUGAUGAUGAUGCAUCUGAAGAUUCUUCCAUGGAAGUUGACACUGUAGCAGAUGGUGAAGAGCCUAUAAUCUACAGCGAUAUCAGUGAUGGCGAAGAGGAUGGUGAAAUUAGUGACUAAGUCGAUCAAUCUUAGUUCACAAAGUGUAGAAAACUGAGUUUUCUUUUAUUUCUAUCCCUAUAUAUCCGCAUGGUCCAUUUUUGUCAUGAGAUUUUGUAAUGUCAAAGAGUUCUUUUAUAGUUAAUAGCAACUUUUGGUCU